AUGUCUCAAUCUGCCAAAACAAGCUUUUAUAAUGUAUCAAGUGUUACAUCUGUAUCAGGAUUUUUAAGUGAUAAAAGUUCAUUAAAUAAUUCAAAUUGUUCUCAAGAUAGUAUACAAUUUAAUAGUAAUAAUUGUGAUAAAACAUUACCUUCAUCUAGCAAUAUUUCAAGUAUGGAAGGUAAUCCAUCUCCCAUUAAUAAAUUAGAUCCUUUUAAUAAUAGACCUCAUUUACGUAGUUCAUUAAGACAUAACACAACCAGAACAUCAAAAUCACCUGGAAGGAAAACUGUCAGUUUUUUUAGUAUUAAUUCUGAUAAAAAAGUUUCAAAUGUCAAUGAUUGUCUACAAAUUAUGCAAAAUGGUACAGAGAUGAUUAAAAUUAGAACACAUGUUAGGCAAUUUAAAAGAUUUUUUUCUUUAGACACUGAUUGUGCUUACAUACGUUGGCAACCAUCAAAUAAGAAACCACAUAAAGCACGUUUAGCUGUUGAAUCAAUAAGAGAAAUACGUGUAGGAAGAAAUACAGAAUAUUUUCGUGGAUUAGAAAAUCAACUUCAAGAUAUACAAGAUGAUUGUAUAUUUUCAAUAAUUCAUGGUGAUAAUUAUGAAUGUUUAGAUUUAAUAGCUUUAUCAGCAGAAGAUGCUAAUAUUUGGGUAACAGGACUUUUAUAUUUAACAUCAGGACCUAGAAUUAAAUGUCUUACAAAUAAUAUAAUAGGACCAAGGUGUACAUUAAGAGAACGAUGGCUUCAAUCAGUAUUUAUUAAAGCAGAUGAAAAUAAUAUUGGUUUUUUGACUGAAAAAGUUACAACAAAAUGUAUAAGAAUGUUAAAUGAUAAAAUUGCUUUAUCAAGAAUAAAACAAAAAUUAAAAGAAGUUAUUGUAUCACAGGAUGAAGAAUUUCGUGGACGUAUAAGUAUGGGAGAAUUUGUUGAUAUAUAUAAAGAUUUAGCAACAAGACCAGAAAUAUAUUUUUUAAUGGUUAGAUAUGCUAAUAAAGAUUAUUUAACAGUUGAAGAUUUACAAUUAUUUUUGGAAACAGAACAAGGUGUUAGUGAAGCUACAAAUGAUAUGUGUGAAAAAAUUAUAACAAAAUAUGAACCUUCUGAUGAGGGAAGAUUAAACUUAUUAAUGACUGUUGAUGGUUUUAAUAAUUUUUUACUUAGUAAAGAAUCAUCUGUUUUUGAUCCAGGACAUUUAAAAAUAUGUGAUGAAAUGGAUCAUCCAUUUAAUCAUUAUUUUAUUGCUGCAUCACAUAAUACUUAUAUGGUUGAAGAUCAACUUAAAGGACCAAGUAGUGUUGAUGGUUAUAUAAGUGCUUUAAAAAGAGGAUGUCGUUUUAUUGAAUUAGAUUUAUGGGAUCCAUUAGAUAUUGAAGAGGAUAAACAACCAAUGAUUCAUAAUGGACCAAUAUCUUCCUGUAGAUUACCAUUAUCAUCUGCAUUACAAGUAAUAAAAGAAUUAGCUUUUGAAGCAUCAAAGUAUCCAUUAUUUAUUAGACUUGAAAUUCAUAUGUCUUUACAAUGGCAACAAGUUGCAUAUAAUAUGAUAACGGAAACAUUAAAAAAUUUAAUAUAUAAACCAACAGAAGAUGUUAGAGAUUGGACAGAUGAUAAAAAUGUGCCUUCACCUCAUAAAUUUCAAAAUAAAAUUCUUUUUAUUGGUAAAAAAUUUUUUAAUACUUCAGAUGUUGGGGAAGUAAGUGAAGAAGAUGAAGCUGAGGAGAUGUAUCAAGUUACCGGUAAUAAUAAAAGAAGUCAUAAAAAGAAAAUAUAUAUUUUAAAAGAAUUUUCUGAUUUAAUACCUGAUUUUUUACAAUCCUGUUUUGUAACAGAUUCAAGUUUACUUUCAAAUAAUGAAUUAGAUAAAAAAAAACAUCUUAUUUCUAUAAAUGAAGGAGAUUGUUUAAGGAUCAUGCAAAAUUAUCCCUCUGAUUUAAUACAAAUAACAAAAGAUUUUAUGGUACGUGUUAUCCCAGAUCCAUUAAGAAUAGAUAGUUCAAAUAUGAAUCCUCAAGAAUUUUGGAAUUUUGCUGUUAGUUUAGUAUCAAUUAAUUAUCAAACACCUGGAUUACAUUAUGAUCUUCAGGAGGGAAGAUUUUCAUCAAAUGGAUGUUGUGGAUAUGUUUUGAAACCAUCUACAAUGAGAGAAGAUUUAUUUGCACCAAAUGAUCGAUUAUCAUAUUGUACACAAAUACUUCAUUUACGUAUAUUAUCUGGUCAACAGUUACCACGACCUCGUGGUUCUAAUGUUAAAUCUGAUUCAGCAGAUCCUUUUGUAGUUGUUGAAGUAUUUGGAAUACCAUUAGAUUGUGCUGAGGAAAGAACAAAAACUGUUAGAAAUGAAAGUGCUAAUCCUAAUUUUGACGAAUCAUUACAAUUUCAAAUUAAUGUUCCAGAAUUGGCAUUAAUUAGGUUUUUAGUAUUGGAUGACGAUUUUAUAGGAGACGAUUUUAUAGGACAAUAUACAAUCCCAUUUGAAUGUCUUCAGAGUGGAUACCGUCAUAUACCAUUAUUAAAUAACGAAGGAGAUCCAAUUGAAAAUUGUUCAUUAUUUGUACAUAUUGCUAUAACUAAUCGUCGUGGUGGUGGAAAAGCUAAAAAACGAGGGAUGUCGGUUAAAAGAAAAACAGCUAAAGUACAAACUGGUAUGAAACUUGUUGGUAUUAAAAAUGUUGAUGAAUUAUUUAAGUCAGCUAUACUUCCCCUUAUUGAGUCUAUUGAAAUGAGAAAUAAAAUGGAGACAGCUUUAAUUGAAUGGCAAGAACAAUGUGGUUUAAGUGCAACUGGUUCAAUAAGACAAGGAUUACGUUUAAUGCAUUCAAGAAUUUGUUCUCUUAAUGUAUCUGGUUCAACAGGUUCACCACAACCAUCAACAAGAUUAUUUUAUAAAGAUACUAAUAAUAUGUUAAAAAAUCAUGGUAAUAAUAUUUCAUUUUAUAUUCAACCUACUGCCAAUGGUUGCCCAUUAAUUAAACGUACAGGAAUUAUUCCGGAUAGUUUGGCAAAAACAUUUGUUUUAAUGGAAUGUCUUUUUGAUAAAUGUUCUGUAAUAUUAAAUAAGACUGAAAGUCUUUUAAAUAAAAUAGAAGAUGCUACAAAAAAAAUAAGUGAAUGUUAUGAAGAAUUACCAGAUUUAUGUGCACAGGCAGGCUUACGAAGCCAAAAAGCUACCAGAGCAACUGAAAAUUUUGCUUGGAAUGUAAGACUUCUUAAAAGUCAACUAGCUUCAAUGCACAAAUCCCAAAUUGAAGCUAGUGAUAUAUUUACUCAAGUUUUUGAUACAGCUAAACUUUUAGGUAUUUUAAGGACAAAUGAAGAUGAAACUAAUGAUAAAGAUGAUAUUAAAAAAAUAAGUACUGAUUUAGAUGAAGGAAUUAACGAUGUACAUUUAUAA